UUGCUCAGAGUCGGACCUCCUCCUCCUCCUCCUCUCAGAGAGGAUCUUUGCUCGGUGAACAGGAUGGCAGGCAGCGCAUGGAGGUCAAUGCUGGCCCAGGUGGUGGGGGGCACCAGGAGACAUACUCUGGCCUCCUUCAGCAGAGGGAUUCAGACUGUCACACUGAUCCCCGGAGACGGGAUCGGACCCGAGAUCUCCACCGCCGUCAUGAAGAUCUUUGAGGCAGCAAAGGCUCCCAUCAGGUGGGAGGAGCGUAACGUGACAGCAAUCAAGGGGCCCGGCGGGCGCUGGAUGAUCCCUCCGGACGCCAAGGAGUCGAUGGACCGCAGUAAGAUCGGGUUGAAGGGACCGCUGAAGACCCCCAUCGCGGCGGGACACCCGUCCAUGAACCUGCUGCUCAGGAAGACCUUCGACCUCUAUGCCAACGUGCGGCCCUGCGUCUCCAUCGAGGGCUACAAGACGCCGUACACCGACGUCGACCUGGUCACCAUCCGGGAGAACACAGAGGGAGAGUACAGCGGCAUCGAACACGUGAUCGUGGAUGGGGUGGUACAGAGCAUCAAGCUGAUCACUGAGGACGCCAGCAGACGGAUCGCGGAGUACGCCUUCGAAUACGCUCGAAACAACCAGAGGACGAGCGUCACAGCCGUCCACAAGGCCAACAUCAUGAGAAUGUCCGACGGUCUGUUUCUGAGAAAAUGUCGUGAAGUUGCUGAAAACUACAAAGACAUCAAGUUUACUGAGAUGUACCUGGACACCGUGUGCCUCAAUAUGGUUCAAGAUCCGACACAGUUCGACGUCCUGGUGAUGCCCAACCUGUACGGAGACAUCCUCAGUGACCUGUGUGCUGGUCUGAUUGGAGGACUCGGUGUGACGCCCAGCGGGAACAUCGGAGCCAACGGAGUCGCCAUCUUUGAAUCGGUGCACGGCACGGCGCCAGACAUCGCUGGGCUGGACAUGGCGAACCCGACCGCUCUGCUGCUGAGUGCCGUCAUGAUGCUGCGCCACAUGGGCCUCCAUGACCACGGCCACAAGAUCCAGACGGCCUGCUUCGACACCAUCAGGGACAAAAAGGUGCUGACCAAGGAUCUUGGAGGAAACUCAAAGUGUUCAGAGUUUACAGCUGAAAUCUGCCGUCGCAUUGAGGACCUGCCCUGAAAACACGGAGCUGCGGGGGGGAGUCUGCUCCUCCUCCCUCUCCUCCUCCUCCCCCUCCAUCUGCUGACCCCUCCUCCUCUCCUCUCUGCAGUAUCGAUCAGCUGUAGUUUCUGUAUUUACAUAAAGAAGAAAAUCUGUUUUUCUUCUGUGAAGCAGCAGCAGGUGUGAGGAGGUCGGGCUUCUGCGGAGGGGCGGGGCUUCUAUAGAGGGGGCGAAGUCUAUGCGGCUGCCCGACCUGUUAACAUGAAACAUUCACAGCAAACAUACGCACAAAUUCACAUGACCAAUUCAGAAUGAAACUGUUGGAGGAUUGUUUUUACUCAGAGUACCAUCGAUAUUAUUAAUAACAAUAAUAAUAAUUAUUAUUUUAUCAGCUUUGUUUUCUGGAGAUUUGCUUAUUUUUGUAACGGUAGUCCUGUAGCCGUAACUUAUUUAUUUUUUGUGUAUCAGCUGCCUCUCUGCAUCUCGCUGCUUUAAUACCUUCAUCAAUAAAAAGGGCUGUUUGAAAGAUCA